AUGCCGCAUCUAUUUGCAGGCCUGACUCCAUUACACACAGCUGUAUUAGAUGGUAAUUUUGCUGCAGUCCGCCUGCUGAUCAGACAUGGAGCGGAUAUCAACAAGCAAGACGAAGACACGUGGACAGCCUUGCACGCCGCCUGCUCUGAAGGACACGUUGAUAUCGCAAGGUAUUUACUGAAAAGAGGCGCCGACCCAUUGAUCAGAACUGACGAGGGGGAACGGCCUCUCGAUCUAGUGGACGCUAGUGAUUUUGCUAUGAUCAAAGUAAUGUUAGAAGCUACAAAUAAAGCCAAGAAGGACAAAGGAAUCGAUGAUGAUGAUGAUGAUGACGACGAUGAAAAUGAUGGUGAAAAUGAUCAAUGCUGUGCUGAUGAUGGAGAGAAUGCUGACGGAGGUUACGAGGAUGAGGAUGAGGAUGAAUCUGACGAGGAAGAGGAUUACGAUGAAGAAACGGACAAAAGUCGAUUUUUAGCUUAUAGGUCGAGGCACAGCGUACCCAAAGAACCACAAGAUGACGAUGGCUAAAAAAAAUACAUGGAUAAAUCGUAUUCAAAUGACAAAUGUAGCACAAAUUGGAAACAAAUGACAAAAGGAAGUAUUCUCAAAGGUUCAUACAUGAAGCUUACGAUUAUUCUUAAUUCCAGCAAUAAGCUUCGUGGUUUCGUGGAAACCUGACUAAAGGCGACGGGUCGUGGCUAUUUCAGACUCAUUACGCGCUGAAAGAUAAGUUGACAAUGACACUAGUCUUUUUACAGUACACGAAGACAUUUUUU